CCGUGCUGCAGCCUUCCGCGACGCCGGAACUUUCGGGGGUCCACUGCUGCGGGAAGCCGGGGAACGGCAGGACCGCAGGCGCGCGUCACUGAGUCUUCCGUCCUGGUCACCAACUCCGUGGCAGCACUCUCUAGGAGCGGCGUGAGGCGUGCGCAGGCUCCUCCGUCCGCUAGCUCCUCUGUCUUCACACCGUCCGCACGCGCUCCUUUGGGGAGCGCGUUCUCCAGCGUCCUGGCUGCCAGGGCCGUGGGCGUCCGGGCGGUGGCCUGGCUGCUUCUCUGGGAGGUGGCUGGAUUCACUAGCAUACCAGCCACGGCCUUCUCUGCCGCUCCCACCGACACUGGCAUAAGGGCCACUUGUUCUGAAAUUAUUUUGAGGCAAGAAGUUUUGAAAGAUGGUUUCCAUAGAGACCUCUUAAUAAAAGUGAAAUUUGGAGAAAGCCUUGAGGACUUACAGACCUGCCGACUGUUAAUUAAACAGUACAUUCCAUCAGGACUUUUUGUGGAUCCAUAUGAGUUGGCUUCAUUACGAGAGAGAAACAUAACAGAGGCAGUGAUGGUUUCAGAAAAUUUUAAUAUAGAAGCUCCCAAUUAUUUGUCCAAGGAAUCUGAAGUUCUAAUUUAUGCCAGACAAGAUUCACAAUGCAUCGAUUGUUUCCAAGCUUUUUUGCCUGUGCACUACCGCUAUCAUCGGCCAAAUAGUAAAGAUGGAGAAACCGUUAUUGUGGUCAAUAACCCUGAUUUACUAAUGUAUUGUGACCAAGAGUUUCCAAUUUUGAAAUGCUGGGCUCAGUCAGAAGUGGCCGCUCCUUGUGCUUUGAAGAGUAAGGAUAUCUGCCAAUGGAACAAUAUGAAAUAUAAACCAGUAUAUAAGAAUGUGACUCUACAGGUUCCAGUGGGACUGACUAUACAUACCUCUUUAGUAUGUUCUGUCACUCUGCUCAUUACCAUCCUGUGUUCUACUUUGAUCCUUGUGGCUGUUUUCAAAUAUGGCCAUUUCUCCCUAUAAGUUUUACCGAGUUAAGUGCUUUCCAUAAACCUAAAAAAGACCUAUUUACUUGUGACUAGAAGUGUUCUUCUAGAAUUAUGUCACUAUUUUUGUCUUCAUUUAUGACUAAAAUUAUGUCUACUAGAGGAAAUUUUGGAUCAUUUUCAACUAAUUCCAAAAUUUAGUGCUCUGUUGUAUAGACCUUUGGUAAUCUUCAAGCUAGUGCCAAUAGAGGAAACUUAGUUUCGUUAAAUUAAUAUUUAUUUUGUGAGAAGUGAUUUUAUCUUCAUUUCUUUUACAAAAAUGGGUACUUUAUGUAUUAGAGACAAAUUAUUCUCAUUGUGAAUAGAAACAUUUAAAUUUCAGCUAAAAAUUGAGAAAAUCAUUAUAAAUAAGAAUAAAAUAUUUUGGAUGAA